AUGUUUCCCUUCCAGGGAAAGGGAAUAGGGAGUUUUGGUAAAAGAAGGAACAAGACCCACACUCUCUGCGUUAGGUGUGGCCGCCGUAGCUUCCAUUUCCAAAAGAGUCGUUGCUUUGCCUGUGCUUUCCCUGCUGCUCGUAAGAGGACAUAUAAUUGGAGUGUGAAGGCAAUCAGAAGAAAGACCACUGGAACUGGUAGGAUGAGGCAUCUGCGCCAUGUCCCUCGCAGGUUCAAGACUGGUUUCAGAGAAGGUAAUGAGUUGCUAAUUCUUUUUGCUGACGGGUAA